AUGGCCUUCCAGCUCUUUUCCCCUCCAAUCGUCCGCCUAGGUCUAGGCCUCGGCAUCGGUCUCUCCGCCGCAGCUCUCCACCCCCUCUCCCCCUUCCGCGCUGCCCCCAUCCAAUGCCAAUACAGCGCGCCCUACUACCGGCCUGAGUCACAGGCUAAUGCUGAUUCCGGCUGGGCUGUCAAGCCCGAGGAUCCUCUUCUUCAGAAGCAGGGUCGGACGGGUAUCGCCGAGCAGGCGAAGGCUGCCUUCCUGUCGCCGGACAAUAUGCGACAGGUUAGUUUGGGGAGUGUGCUGGGUCUUGUUGCUGGUGUUGGACUAAGGGCUUUCUCGCGGGUACUGGUUGUCGUUCUUGGUAUGGGUAUUGUGUUUAUCGAGUGGGCUGCUUCCAAGGGGUAUAACAUUCUUCCUCUAGAGCGUCUCCAGAAGAUCAUGAAGAAGGUUGAUGUGCAGAAGGCUGUGAACUCGCACCGUCCCUUCAAGAUGAGUUUCGGAACUAUGAUGGCGCUAGCGGCGUUUGCGCAAUUUUAA